AGACCAAGAACUGUAGGUAAACAGCAAGUUAAGGUAGCAUUUAAGAUCACAACAACAUUGGAUGCAAUCCUGAAAGUAACAAAUGGAGAAUUGGACAUAAUUUCACCACAGAGCCUGAGCCACUCUCCUUUUUCUGAUGGCGAUGGAUACAAAACGUGUUGUUGUUGGAGUUGAUGUUGGUGGAACUAACACGGAUGCAGUCAUCCUGGACAUUGAUGCCAAUCCCUUUAGAGUGUUGACGUCAUUUAAAACACAAACCACUCAUGACGUGACUUCCGGUGUAAAGAAUGUCGUGAUUUCUGUCAUCAAUAAAGGUUUGGAGAUAUCGCCGAUAGCCAUUACACAAAUUAACAUAGGAACCACUCACUUUGUGAAUGCAGUCGUACAAAGAAAAGGCCUCGUUAGAGUGGGUGUCAUUCGUCUUUGCGGACCGGCAUCUCGCAACAUUCCACCCUUUUCCGACAUCCCUGAAGAUUUGAGAAAAAUUAUCCAUGGAGGAGUCUGUUUAGCAAAUGGAGGAUACGAAUUCGAUGGUAGAGAAAUAACACCAGUACAUAAAAACGAAAUAAUUGACUUUUUGAAGAGAAUGGUUUCAAUUGGUGUCAGGAAUAUUGUUGUAGCUGGGAUAUUUUCACCUGUUUGUAUCGAUCAGGAAAACAUGAUUUAUACGUUAAUAAAAGACUAUGAUCCCAAAAUAAGUGUUACAUUGUCACAUCACAUUGGACAAAUUGGGCUUUUGCAGAGAGAAAAUGCAGCAAUACUCAACGAAUCUUUAAAACCUCUGUGCAAAGAAACUGUAGAGAGGUUUAACAUCGCAAUAUCAGAAAUAGGGAUAUCAUGUCCUUUUUUUCUUACCGAAAAUGAUGGUACCAUUAUAGAAAAGUCAACGGCGAUGGACUUUCCUAUCAUCACGUUUUCCUGUGGACCCACAAACAGCAUGAGAGGCGCGGCUUUUCUGUCAGGGCUUGAAGAUGCAAUAGUGGUUGACAUUGGGGGAACCACUACAGACGUAGGACUCAUAACAAAAGGUUUUCCAAAACUUUCAUCAUCUGAGAUUAGAAUUGGAGGAAUAAGAACUAACUUUCACAUGCCUGAUGUUAGAAGCAUAGGUCUUGGAGGUGGAUCUUACGUGCGACAAGAAGGCGAAGACGUUGUAGUGGGACCAGAGAGUGCUGGGUAUAGAAUAUUAGAAGAAAGUUUAGUUUUUGCAAAUCAGGAUGACAUUGGUGACAAGAGGAUAACUGCAACAGACAUUUCGGUUGCAGCAAACAUUUCAAUGGUAGGAACACCCGGAAAUGUCAAACAUCUACAAAAGAAAUUCAUUGAAAAAUCGGUCGAAGUGAUAAAGAGAAAAUUAGAAGAUUGUAUCGAUGAAACAAAAGUCACACCCGAUGAUUUUCCAGUGAUUCUUGUUGGGGGUGGUCACAUACUCGUAGAUAAAAAACAGAAGAUGACAGGUGUUAGUGAAAUCAUAGUUCCCGAAAAUUCUGAGGUUGCAAACGCUGUCGGUGCAGCUCUUUCCCAAGUAGCUGGAAAUGUGGAAUAUGUCAAGAGUUUAGAUGAUCACGUAAACAAAGUGGAAAAAGAAAGGUUGAUGCUAGAAGCAUUAAAGAACAGCACGACGAGUGAAGAAAUGGAACGUGUGGAAAUGGAUAUAAAGAAAAGGCUUUAUGAAGAAGCGCACAAAAACCUAUUAGAAGAAGCUCGUAAGCUUGCAAUUGCUAAAGCUAUAGAAAAUGGAGCUGAGGAAAAAUCCAUAUUUGUGUUACAGGAAGGAGAUAUUCCGUUAUCUUAUCUUCCCGGAAAUGCUUCUAAAUUUUUUGUGAAAACUAUUGGUAAUAUAGAUUUGAAGAGUCGUCCAGCAAGUCUUGUUCAAAGGAAACUUGAGCAAAGUAUCAUGUCAACUAGCAAGGAGGAAUAUCCUCAAGGCAAUAAAGAACCGCAUUCUAGUACAAGAAAGGAUGAAAACAAAAUCAGAGAUGCAGAGACUCCAUUUGUUAACACAGCUGGGGAAUGGAUUUUGACUGAGUUUGAUGUGGAAUGCAUAACUAUUGGAGCAGGAAUUCUGGGAUCUGGCGGUGGUGGCUCGCCAUACAUAGGAAAACUAAGGGCUCUGAAUUCCCUCAGGGAAGGAAAACAAAUCAAAAUAGUCAAUCCAGUGAAGAUCAUGGAAAAAGCUGAUGAUAAGAAUGAUCUGGUUGUAAUUGUAGCAUGUAUGGGAGCACCACUUAUUUCAGAGGAAAAGCUUUUUGGCAGAGAAAGCCAGUAUGCAUUAAAAUGUAUGGCAGAUUUGUAUUCUCAUGGAUAUUGUAAUGGAGAACUCCCAGGGGGCAUUGAUGUUAUAAAAGAAGAACACAUAACCUACAUUGAUGAUUUUAAGUCCAACGAAAAGAAUGAAACUCUCUCAAAGUAUAUGGGCCAUAAGAAGAUUAUUGGUGUGAUGAGUGCAGAAAUAGGAGGCAUGAAUUCUGUGGAACCGUUUACUGUUGCUGCGGAAAUGAAUCUGCCGGUUUUAGAUUGUGAUGGUAUGGGGAGGGCUUUUCCAGAGCUCCAAAUGUUUACUCCCCUGAUAUAUGGAAUGCUACCAUAUCCGUCAACAUUGGCAGAUGCAAAAGGGAGAAGAGCUGUAGUUUUAAAAGCUAAUACUGCUAAAGAUUUGGAAAAUCAUUUCCGAAAAGUAGUUGUUGAAAUGGGUUGCAUGGCAGGAGUUGUAAUAUCAAGCUUGCAAAAAGAUGAUGUAUUGGAGAAAACUGUCCUGUUUACAACUAGUCUUGCUUGGAAAAUCGGAAGGGCAGUAAUUAAUGCCAGAAAUAAGAAGCAAUCUACAACAGACGCAGUUCUGGGAGUGACCGGAGGAAAUGUAUUAAUUUGUGGUAAAAUAGUUGGCGUAAAGAGAGAGACAACCGGCGGAUUUAAUGUUGGACAUGUCACCAUAACAUCAGUUAACAGCGACAUUAUCCUGAAAGUGGAAUUUCAGAACGAAAAUCUGGUCGCCAUCUCAACGUCAACUGGAAAGGAAGUAGUGGUAGCUACUGUCCCUGACCUAAUCACCAUUGUUGACACAGACACCGGGGAGCCCAUACCAACAGAGGCGGUUCGCUAUGGACUUCGUGUAACUGUACUGGUUUUGCCAGCUCAUGAGAAGUUGAGGACAGAAGAAGCACUUAAAUUUGUGGGCCCAAAAGCUUUUGGAUACCAUUCUCUCACUUACACACCUUGUUGUAAUUCUGUAAGCCCGAAUUCUGUGAUUUAAAAUUCUAUGAUCUGUCAAAUAAUACGUGUAUUAAUAUAAAAGAAAUGAUACGUGGCUGGUUAGAUUGUUUGUAUUUGCACUGAAUUUAAAAGUUGAAUUAAUUUAUGACUAUUACUCAUCAGUAUACAUGAC